AUAAAAACUUUGCGCGAGUAUGGAUGCCACUAAGAAUUACAACAAUCUCUUUAAGGAUUAUUCCAUUUCUGUUAGUUCUAAAAUAGUCAGAAAUGAUACUAAUAUGAUUCAUGAUGAUUUUAAAUCUUUAUUAACAUCAGAAAUUAAAAAGUUUAUAGAAUUAUUGAAAACAAAUGAACGGGAAUGGCUCAACAGCGAUGAUUAUUCUGUAUAUACUGGACAAGCAGGAAUUGCAUAUGCUUUGUAUUCUUAUGGGAAAUAUUACAAUGACUCUGUGUAUACUAAUAUGGCAACAGAAAUACUACAAAAAUGUGCUAGAGAAUUCAAAAGCAGGCAUAAGAUCACAUUUCUGACUGGUGUUGUAGGUCCAUUAGCAUUAACAGCAGUUAUAUUACAAUCACAAGAAAAGAAAAAAGAAGCAGAACAAUUAAUUCUUAAGUUGAAAUCUUUAUCUACUGACGUUCUGAACAAACACAGUAAUAUUCCUGAUGAAUUAUUAUAUGGGAGAGCUGGAUAUCUAGCUGGAUUACUCUAUGUGAAUGCAAAUAUAUCUCCAGCUCCUAUAGAAGAGGAUUUUAUGAAAAAGGUUGUCUCUUCUAUAAUUAAUUCUGGAAUAUCAUAUUCUUUGUCAAAUCAUAGCCAAUCACCUUUAAUGUAUUCUUGGCAUGAUAAAGAAUAUAUUGGUCCUGCUCAUGGAUUAGCAGGCAUAUUAUAUUUGUUAUUGCAGGCGCGGCAAUAUUUAACGCAAGUACAGAUUGACGAUUACAUAAAACCAUCCUUAUAUUAUCUUCAAAAAUUGCAAUUUCCUUCUGGAAAUUUCCCUUCUUCAAUAGGCAAUUCUUCUGAUAAAUUAGUACAGUGGUGUCAUGGAGCACCUGGGAUGCCUGCAUUGUUUUGUUUGGCUUAUAAGGUGUUUGAAGACGGAACAUUUUUAGAGACUGCAAUACAAUGCGGAGAGGUAAUAUGGAAACGAGGACUAUUAAAAAAAGGAUAUAGUAUUUGUCAUGGUGUUGCUGGCAAUGGUUAUGCUUUCAUACAUUUAUUCCAACAAACAAAGGAUAUCAAAUAUUUAUAUCGGGCUUGUAAGUUUGCCGAGUGGUGUUUUCAAGAUGGAUCGUAUGGAUCACAUCAAAAUCGAGUUCCUGAUAGACCGUUUUCUUUAUUUGAAGGUCUUGCUGGUGUUAUUUAUUUCUUAUUAGAUAUGCAGCAACCACAUUUAAUGAAAUUUCCAACAUACGAUAUCUAAAUGAGGAUUAUUUAAAAAACUGACAAAGCUCUUUAAAUAUUUUUAAAUAAUAUAUUAUUUUUAAACUUAAGU